AUGGAUCUCAACUCCGCGGCGCCCGAGGCGCAGUCUCAGCUGGCCACGCUGGUGCAAGAGGCACAGUCAAAAAGCAGUGGCGACGAGAUAUUUGAGCAGCCCGAGCAGCAAAGUACCCUGCAUGUCUUUCAAGGCUGGCUACAGCAGGAGUUGCACGCUCAUGAAGAGCGCCUCAGGAGUGGACUGAGGGAGGAUCUCUCUCAUUUUUUCAGGCAAAGACCUCCGCAUCCUGCGGCGCCAGUGUCGCACCUGCAGGAGCUCGAGGAGAGCGCGGAGCGUACGGUGCUCGCAGAGCGCGCCAGCCCGCCCAGGCCGCAUACUCCACCCUCGGCCCCAGCGGCUCCCUGCAAACCAGUGCAGUUCGCCUUUGAGCAACCUGAGACGGAGGACAAGGAUGCGAAGCUCCCUGGCAUGGUGUCCGAUGAGAACGGGGCCCCAAAGAAGUCCAAACGCCGCUUUGCCAGCCAAACUGGGGCAGCUGUAGCUCAGAGUCGCAAGUCGCUCAAGUCGACGGCUCGAGGGACAGGCGUGGAGAAAGUCGCCCCAAGUGGUGUGGUGCCGGAUUCUCCAGAUGCGAAGCUCCCGCAGUCAGAUGAGGACGCGCUUCCUGCCAUGAGCGCUUUAGAACGACUUCGGGACUUCGUCCGUCGCAACUUUGUCGAGAACACCUGCUUCGGCUAUGUCAUCAUUGCCUUUAUUGUGCUAAAUGCUGUGAUGAUGGGCAUCCAAGCUGAUUGGAUGGUCUCAAACAUCGGCCAAACAGCGCCGGCGAUAUUUGACAUAUUCGAGAACAUAUUCGCAGUCAUUUUCACGUGCGAGUUGGCAAUGCGGAUUUUUGUCUACCACGUCCACUUCUUCCGGACAGCAGAGUGGAAGUCGAAUGUGUUUGACUCGAUUGUUGUGGCUCUGCAACUAAUUGAUAUUGUGUCAACGCUGGCUGUCGGCGACGAGAAUGCUUCGGCCGACACUGGCAAUUUAUCCUUCAUGAGGAUCAUCCGUCUCAUGCGCUUGCUGCGGAUUCUUCGCCUCAUGCGCUUGUUGCGCUUUGUUCAAGAGCUGCGAUCAAUGGUCAUGUCCAUCGUGGCGUCUUUGAAGUCGCUAAUGUGGACCAUCAUCCUGUUGGCAUUCCUGAUGUAUGGUGUUGGCGUCUGUUUGACACAGAUGAUCGCUGACAAAGGUUUGGAAGAGCCAAGAAUCAUGCUGCUCUCCCCGGAUAUGAAGAGCCACUAUGGCUCGCUGCCGCAAGCUUUGGUAUCCCUGUUUGCAGGCAUUACAGGUGGAAUUGAUUGGGCUGAUCUUAUGGCUCCGCUGCAGGAGCAAAUCUCACCGUGGCUGGCUGCUGUUUUUGUUCUAUACAUAGCGUUUGCAGUGCUGGCGAUGAUGAACGUGGUGACAGGUAUCUUCGUGGAAUCAGCCCUGCAGUCCACCAGAGCAGAUGAGGAGAAGGAAGUCCGUGCACAGCUGGACGAGAUGUUCAAGCAUGUGGACCAAGAGAAGAAUGGAACCAUAUCUUGGCAGGAGUUCGUGCAGUCAUUGGAGAAUCCUGAUAUGAGGAGAUGCUUCGAAAGCUUAGGCUUCAACAUGGAAGAGGAUUGUGCUGCCCUUUUCCGAAUCCUGGAUGAUGGAGACGGCGAAUGUACGUUGGAUGAGUUCAUCGGGGGCAUUCUCCGGUGCAAAGGUCCCGCCCGGGCUUUCGACCAGAUGGCAAUGCAAGCAGGUCUGAAACAGCUGGACAGCAAGGUUUCGAAAGUCAUGAAAGCAAUGGCAACCGCGGGAUUGAUGAAGAAAGCCACUGUGGCAGCCGAGGGCAUGGACACGACGGAGUACGUCACCGAAUAG